GUGACGCCCAACCCGCGCUCCCCGCUUGAGGACUACUCCCUGCACAUCAUCGACCUGCACACGGGCCGGCUGUGCGACACGCGCGCCUUCAAGUGCGACAAGGUCAUCCUGUCGCACAACCAGGGGCUCUACCUGUACAAGAACAUCCUGGCCAUCCUCUCCGUGCAGCAGCAGACCAUCCACGUCUUCCAGGUGACGCCCGAGGGGACGUUCAUCGAUGUGAGGACCAUCGGCCGCUUCUGCUACGAGGAUGAUCUGCUGACCCUGUCGGCCGUGUACCCCGAGGUGCAGCGGGACACGCAGACGGGAAUGGCCAACCCCUACAAGGAGCCCUUCAUCAACUCCCUGAAGCACAGGCUGCUGGUGUACCUUUGGAGAAGGGCCGAGCAGGAUGGGAGUGCUAUAGCAAAGAGAAGGUUCUUCCAGUACUUUGACCAGCUGAGGCAGCUCCGCAUGUGGAAGAUGCAGCUCUUGGAUGAGAACCAUCUGUUUAUCAAAUACACCAGUGAGGACGUGGUCACACUGCGGGUGACAGAUCCUUCCCAGCCCUCGUUCUUUGUCGUGUACAACAUGGUGACCACGGAGGUCAUUGCCGUGUUUGAGAACACAUCUGAUGAGCUGCUGGAGCUGUUUGAGAACUUCUGUGACCUCUUCAGGAAUGCCACCCUGCACAGUGAGGCUGUCCAGUUCCCCUGCUCAGCUUCCAGCAACAACUUUGCGAGGCAGAUCCAGCGCCGGUUCAAGGACACGAUUGUGAACGCCAAGUACGGAGGGCACACGGAGGCCGUGCGGCGCCUGCUGGGGCAGCUCCCCAUCAGCGCCCAGUCCUACAGCGGCAGCCCCUACCUCGACCUGUCCCUCUUCAGCUAUGAUGACAAGUGGGUGUCAGUCAUGGAGCGGCCCAAGACCUGUGGUGAUCACCCCAUAAGAUUUUACGCCCGUGACUCUGGCCUGCUGAAGUUCGAGAUCCAGGCGGGGCUGCUGGGGCGCCCCAUCAAUCACACGGUGCGGCGCCUGGUGGCCUUCACCUUCCACCCCUUCGAGCCCUUCGCCAUCUCGGUGCAGCGAACCAACGCCGAGUACGUGGUCAACUUCCACAUGAGGCACAGCUGCACCUAGAGGGACUGGGGUGCUCUCCUUGCUGCUGGGCCUCUGCCACUGGUGCACCAAAGGCAGGCACUCACACCUUCUGGGAAAGCAAACCAUCGCUCAUGGAAAGAAGCCUCACCUGGGAGCUCCCACCAGGGCUCUCAGCCGUGGAUCAGCUGAUGCACCCCAGUUAUGGGAGUGGGGGGGCUUCUUCUGACCCUCUUUGUGCUGCAGAGAUCUCCCGACUGUCCUUCCCUGCUCCUGUUGAUGAACAAAGUGUAGCUGAGGUUCCUUUCCUCUGUUUUCUAUCCAGCCGUGGGUCUUAGAAUGGCAGAGAUGGAGCUUUGCAUCACACUUGUGGAGCACUCACUUCUGCUCUGUUGCUCUCCUAUCACGUUGGACAAAUGACCUGUCACAGAGGGAGGGGAUGGGAGCCAUGGGGAGGGCUUGGAUACAGCUACCCCUGUUUGUAUCUUCAGAAUUGCUAGGGAAAUGAGAUCCUGCUCUCAUCCACACAAUCUACUCAUGUCAUUUUAAUAUGCAAGAGGUCAGGAAAAAAAAGGUGUGAGAAAUCACUACAGUUGAGAGACAUGAGGUGUGUUCCUGACCCUUAUGCAAGUCGCUUAAUCUUUGUGCCUUAGUAAAAGCUCCUAAGUGAGAGAUAGUGUUACACCAGCAGGCCAGGGCAGCUGGUUCUGUCUGCAAAGCAUUAGAAGGAAGGAAGGAGGAAGGUGGGUGUCUGGGGAGCAACAGCAGCAGAAAAGAGGAACUUUUCUGCAGCAUGGGGAUUAAUCCUCAUGGCCAUCUGCAAGUUCUGCAGCUGAGAAGAGGGACACCCAGCUGCUGGCACCCUCCUGUGUGUUGGAGUACCAGGGUAGAAAAUGAGUAGGAGUUGCCCAGGAAGAAGGGUGGAGACCUGAAUUCAUGUUCACUGCUGUGGGUGGGCAGUCUGGAGAUGAACUUGUUGACUUAGGUUGCUUACCUCUGUCUGUUUGAUACACUGUUCUCUGUGAGAACCCAGAUGCUGUUUCCAGGCUUCAGAGCACAGCUGGCCAGUGUGGCAGUGUUGGCUGGACCGUGGCAGUGUUUGUGCUGCUGAUAAAUUAAGCUCCUGUUUGUAAUUACCUGCCACUGUGGGCUGGUGAGGAUGCUGGCCUACCCUUCUCUCUUAAAAAUGGAGUUUUUGGUUGUAGGCCAGCAUUUGGGGGGUUGUUACAUGAGGGCUGGUUUAUGACUGCUGCCAGGCAGCACAACCAUCCCAGCAUCACCAUGUGCUCCAUCAGAAGCUGGAGCCUGUUCUUGUCCCAUUCCUUUGGGAGGUACAGUGGGGGCAAUAGAAAAUUGGUGCUAAUACACAGGAGACCCUCUCUGUUAAAGGACCCUGUGGGUGUCUAAAUUGGACCAAAAUAAGCUGUGGGUGAUGUGUUGUGGCCACAUGCCUGUGAAGAGGAGUGUUGGAGUCAUGCAUUAAUUUUUGCUGGUGAUGCACUGGAGAAGAGCUGUGUGGGUGCCUGCUCAUGGUAUGAGUGGUGGGCCUCAAAGUUAAGGGUGUCCCGAGGUCCUUGAAUCAGCCUUCGCUCUCUGCCUCACUGUACUUCUCUCCUGGCCUUGCUAAACAUUAUUUCUAGGCAAGACAUUGCAUUUCAUUGCUCUUUUCCUGGUGUUUGCACUGUUGGUGUCUCAGGUCUGUCAGGAGUGCCGGCGGGUCAGGAGACUGCUAACAGAGGAGGUGUCAGUGCUUUAGCUGCAGGUUCCUCUCAUCUAAUGACACUAUUUGUCAAGGUUUUAGGGUUUUAUCCUGUGAUCUGUUCCUCAAACAUUCAAUUAAAGCUCCAAGUGGAGAAUGGUUUGCACACUGUAGAUCAUGUAUUUGCCUCCCUCUGCACCACUCUCACAGCUGUUCACACUUCAGUAUGAGACUUUUUUUUCCCCCCCUAAGCUCCCAGCUGCUCCAUCUGAGACUCUGUUUACUCCUUGGUGUCACAGCCUCAGGUAGUCAGUGCUUACUAAAUUAGCUGUCAGAUUUCCAUUGAGACUCUUUUUUCAGUGGCAAAAAUAUAAACCUCAGCAUUUCUGUAGUAGGGGCUUUUGCCAAAUUCAGGCUUCCCUGUGUGAAGCAGAGUGUGUGGCAUGGAUGUUGGACUUGGGGCUGAGAAAGAGAUCUGUUCUUAGCUCUGCUAUUAAAUUCUGAGGCUGGGGGCAAAUCUCUUCCUUCUCCAGCUGGUGUUUUCUUCUCCAUAAAUGAGGCCAAAAACAUAUUUUCAGCUUUUAUAAAACACUUAGAGAUUCAUGGAUAAAAAGUGCUGGAUAAGUGCUAAGUAUUUUCUUAUUAUGUUUGCAGACAAACUGAUCAUACUGGGUACUAAUUGCCUUGGAGUAGCAUAGCAGAUCCUGUGGUCUUGGCUGCUGCAUUUUAUAUCAACAACAGAGUUAAUUUUCUUACAGAAAUGAUGGAAAGAAAAGUCUCUCAUGCUUGAAAUUUUGAUGCUUUUAUUUAAGAAACAAAAAGUGUGUGUGGUGGGGAGGGUGGGAGAAAAGGGGAGAUAUUUUCUAUCUGAUAUUUUUCCUAGGUUAGGGCAAAGAUUUUAGCAACACAAGACAAAACCAGAAUAAACAG